ACCCGUGCCAGGCAGAGUCGUAAAUUCAGUGACGCAAAAAAGUAAAGUGUAUAUAUAUGAUUGAUGCACAGGUGAACACGAUUCCCUUGUGGCUGCUCCAACUCUUUAAAUCCCCUGUUAAUCUCACCAUUUGUUUGUUGUUGUCUUGUCCGAACACACAAAUGGCUGUGGGUGUUCUUGCUUUACAGGGAUCUUUUAACGAACACAUAGCAGCACUUAGAAGAAUCGGAGCACGAGGUGUGGAAAUAAGAAAGGCAGAACAGUUACAGAAUGUUACUUCUCUUAUUAUACCUGGUGGGGAAAGUACCACCAUGGCCAAGCUUGCUGAGUUGAAUAAUUUGUUUCCUGCUUUGCGGGAGUUUGUUAAAAUGGGGAAGCCAGUUUGGGGGACUUGUGCAGGUCUUAUCUUCUUGGCAGACAGAGCAACUGGGCAGAAAAUCGGAGGACAGGAAUUGAUCGGGGGCCUUGAUUGUACCGUUCAUAGAAACUUCUUUGGUAGUCAGAUUCAGAGCUUUGAAGCAGAGCUCUUAGUGCCAGAAAUCGUGGUGAAGGAAGGUGGACCCCCUAGUUUCCGCGCCGUUUUUAUCCGUGCCCCUGCAAUACUUGAAGUAGGACCAGAAGUUGAAGUGCUGGCGGAUGUCUCCUACCCUUCUGACAAAAAUGUUAGCCAAGAGCCGGAGGAUGCUGAGGUUCCAAAGAAAGCAAUCGUGGCUGUUAGACAACGGAACAUACUAGCAACUGCUUUCCAUCCUGAGCUGACUGCUGACACUCGAUGGCAUAGUUACUUCUUAAAGAUGACAGCCGAGGUUGAUAACGAGGCCUCAAGUAGCAUUAUCAUCCCCUAUGGAGGCCACCAAAGCUAUGAGCAACCCAAAAUUGAUCUUCCUGUUUAUCAAUAGUAGCAAAAUACAGAAAUAGGGAUGAUGGAACGACCUAUGAAAAGGUAUUUCGGUCAAAAUCAAUGUCUUCCCUUGUAUCUCCCCAGACUUUCACAUUAACACUUGCCUUUAAUCGCAGUAGUGUUUGUUCUCUCUUCUUCAGUUAAAGUCGUUCUGUAUCUGGCACCAAAGUAUUAGGUUAAUUGCGCAGAUGUACAUAAAUUUGGAACUUUAAUCCAUGCCUUUUUUCAUGAUUAA